CAAAACUCAUAGAAUACUUGAAAGAAAUCGUCAUGUCUUCUAACAAGAAGGUCAACUUAAACUCCGUUGCUGAUUUGCGUCAGAACACAGACGACAACUUGCCUGCGGCCCUCGAGGGCCUUGGCUACGAAGAGUCGUUCAAGCUUGUAGACACAAAGAUCGCCUUGGGCUUGCUGACUGUGGCUAUAGCUGGUGGUCUUUUCGCUAUAGACAAAAAGUACGACUUCAAAGAAUCCUACUGGAUCACCGUUGCUGCUCUUGCAGUGUAUUUCGUCAUUUCGCUUGUCAUGUUGGUCGUAAACAACCAAAACAAAAACGUCAAAUACAUAGGCUACUCUUCUAAAGGUAAGAAGAUCACAAUUGCUGCUUGGACCACUAAGUACGACCCUAUUUACCAUGUAAAAGUAACCUUCAACGACGACCCUAAACUGACCACGACUGCCGAAUUACCUUUUGCCAAGUUCUUUGACUUGACAGGCUACUUCAGUAGAAAUGCCUUCUCAAAGUUGUUGCUGUCGCAUAUAGAGAAAAUUGAAAAGAAGGAUAUCUGAGCUUCUCGCUGCUGUAUAUAUCGAGAUCAAUGUAUAAUACUACUAU